AGUAGUUCCCACCCAAUAGGUCUGAGAAUAUGGUUACGAUUGGUGUACAAUAUUUGCUUCAGAUGUGUCUCUAUUGGCUCUCCAGUCGAUACAGCGCUUGAAUGCAAGCCUUUGCUGAAUGCGCUCCGACUUUACGGCAUAGACCUAACUGUGCUUCACAUUCGUCCAGCGUUUUAUAUGCAAACAGUUUUUAAAUCGGAAACUACUGGUGACCAGCAUUUGGCCACCAAUUCAUUCAUAUCUGACUCGUUAUACAAUCCAUCAAAAAACUUGUCCACAAUGUUAUUCACCGAGACAUCAUAUAAGGGCGCGUGGGGUUCGCCAUCGCCUUCUCCAAGUCAAGGCUACCCGUGUGUCGGCAACUCAGGUGACAAAUUGAGUGCCUUGUGCUCUGACAAACACCCCAUUCUCGUGGGCGAGCAUAGAGUCUCUCCAUUCGCGCCUCCCUUUCAAACCAAAAUGACUGGAAGCCAAGCAAAUGAGGGAAAAAUGACU